AAAGGGGGGGAGAGCGUAGGGAGAGGUAAAAACGAGAGGGAGCGGAGAGGAGGAGGAGGAGAAACGCGAGAGCGGCAGACGCGGACGAGGCGAGAGGUGGACUCGAAGAGCGUGGACAAGCACAGGAGGAGAGACGCGUGAGGGAGAGAGGCCAGGGGGGAGGGAGAGAGACUCACGCAGGCAGACGCCGGUCACCAAUCCCGGACCCCGGCCCAGCGAGGAGACCUCGGCCCGGCCCAGAUUCUCAAGCCCAGGACCCCCCGCGACUACACGAAUGAUUGACGAUCGGGCGCAACCCUCAAAGGUCAUGGCGGACCGUCGGCAGCUCUUCCUCGAAAUGCGGGCUCAGAAUUUCGACGCCAUUCGGCUGUCCACGUACCGCACGGCUUGCAAGCUUCGCUUCGUUCAAAAGAAAUGCAACCUCCACCUGGUGGACAUCUGGAACAUGAUCGAGGCGUUCCGUGAGAACGGCCUCAACGCCUUGGACGCGGGCGCGGAGGUGAGCGUGGCGCGGCUGGAGAACCUCAUCGCCUCCGUGUACUACCAGCUGAACAAGCGGCUGCCCACCACCCACCAGAUCCACGUGGAGCAGUCCAUCAACCUGCUGCUCAACUUCAUGCUCGCCGCCUACAACGGGGAAGGCUGCGGCAAGAUGACGGUGUUUGGGGUGAAGGUGGCGCUGGCCACCAUGUGUGGAGGCAAGGUCGUGGACAAGCUGCGAUAUAUUUUCUCCCAGAUCUCAGACUCAAAUGGCGUCAUGGUCCUGAACAAGUUCGAUCAGUACCUGCAUGAGGUCCUCAAGCUGCCCACGGCCGUCUUCGAAGGGCCUUCCUUCGGCUACACGGAGCAGGCUGCCCGCUCGUGUUUCCCACACCAGAAGAAAGUGACGCUCAACGUGUUUCUGGACGCGCUCAUGUCGGACCCGCCACCGCAGAUCCUCAUCUGGCUGCCUCUCAUGCACCGCCUGGCCAACGUGGAGAACGUGUUCCACCCGGUGGAGUGCUCGUUCUGCCACAGCGAGAGCAUGCUGGGCUUCCGCUACCGCUGCCAGCAGUGCCACAGCUACCAGCUGUGCCAGGACUGCUUCUGGAGGGGUCAGGCGAGCAGCACCCACUCGAACCAGCACCAGAUGAAGGAGUACACCUCGUGGAAAUCCCCGGCGAAGAAACUAACUCGCGCCCUUAGUAAAUCUUUGGGCUGCGUGCCGAGCCGCGAGCCCGCACACCCCAUGUACCCCGACCAGCCCGAGAAGCCCUUAGACCUCUCCCACAUUGUGCCGGCACGUCCGCUGCCAAACAACAUGAACGACAGCACCCUGGUGUCGCCCUCCAUGCUCUCCUCCGGGAGCCCCACGCCCACGAAGAGAGUGGCCGAGGUGGUGCUGGCUCAGAGAGCCAGCGAGCUAGAGCAGAGCAAGGUGCUGAGUAGGGAGACCCCGCGCAUGCUCAAGGGCAAGGGAAUACAGUACAGUUUGGACAUGGCCAAUCGAAUGGCUGACGAGCAUGUGCUAAUUGCCCUGUACGUUGAUCGUCUGCUGCACGGCGACCGCUCAAACAGCGGGCUCGACAGCCCCGGCCGUCUGGAUGAGGAACACCGUCUCAUCGCUCGCUAUGCUGCCAGACUCGCUGCCGAGCAGCGGACGCCCACCGAUUUGGCGUUCAACUCCGACACAAACAAGCAGCAGCGGCAGCUCAUCGCCGAGCUGGAAAAUAAAAACCGGGAGAUAAUGCAAGAGAUCCAGCGGUUGAGGCUGGAGCAUGAGCAGGCAUCGCAGACGUCCCCCGAGAAGGACCAGCAGAACCCCACGCUCCUCGCUGAGCUCAAGCUGCUACGGCAGCGCAAGGAUGAGCUGGAGCAGCGCAUGUCGGCGCUGCAGGAAAGUCGGCGCGAGCUCAUGGUGCAGCUGGAGGGACUCAUGAAGCUGCUCAAGGAAGAGGAACAGAAACAGGCAACGCAGAGCUCCCCGCGGUCGUCUCCGAGCCACACGAUGGCGCGACCGAUGCCCAUGCCGAUCCGGUCGACAUCGGCCGGCUCCACGCCGACGCACACGCCGCAGGACUCGCUGACGGGCGUCGGCGGCGAUGUGCAGGAGGCCUUCGCGCAAGGCGCCCGCAGGAAUCUCCGUAACGACCUGCUCGUUGCGGCCGACUCGAUCACCAACACCAUGUCGUCGCUGGUGCGGGAGCUCAACUCAGACAACGGGCGAGGCGACGAAGAAGGUGGCAGCAACGACCCAGACAGAGUGGGCACCGGACCCGAGCAGGGAGGGCUGGACUCGGAGCUGCUGAGAGCCCAGCUGGAGGAGAUGAUGGCCUUCUCCCCGACGGCCGUCCCCGAGCGCAGCUACGGCGUUCGCAGGGCAGGGCCUUCCUCGUUCCCAGUCGGGGCCGAGUUUGGCUUCCAGGGAGAGGCCGCCCGCACUGAUCCCCCCAAGCGGAAGAUGGUGGAGGACGAGGCCUGCCAGGGCUGAAUUACGUCCUCCGGCACCCAAGGGGGGCAACAACCUCCUCGCUCAAGCAAGAAAGCCUUCACUCGAAUCAUCAUCAUCAUCAGCAGCAGCAGCCCCUCUGUAUAUUAAUGAUUUGCUAAGAAUGUCGCCGUGUGUCGUGGAUUGUACUGAGCGAUGAUUGUGAAUGUCCACAUGCCUGCAACCUGCAUGAGGCGCUGUGUAAAAACGCUUUCCUUAUAGAGUGUGUGACUCGCGGCCGUGUGCGGCCCAUCCGUCUGCGUGGUGCUCCAAGUGGAUCGCAGGGCCUCUCUCCACGCGACCCUUGUGUACCGCACGGUGGCACGGGUUGAUUGUACCGCACGGUGGCGCAGGGUGGCACGCGCUCGGUUUGGUACCUGGGAGCUCGCUUCUCUCUGUGCAGCGAUGAAUCGCGCAUCGGGCCACAGAUGGAAAGAGGAGCGUUGCGUCACGCGGGACCGGUCCCUGCCACUGUUGUAAGCCACCAGCGCUCGCUGCUGUCUUCAUGGACUCACGGUGGAGAGAGGGGGGGGAACCUCUCGUUCGGUUCUUAAGGAGGCUGCGUGUCGCUCCCGUGGCCACUCCCGUCCUCCUUCAGCACCAGGCACGACAAGAGACGCUCCGAGCACCCCCUUGUGUUGUGCGUUCAAGGUUUCACUGCAGGGGAAACGGCAACGCAAGCUCCGCCUUGCGAAGCUUUCGGCUGCGUAAGCGAGCGAGCGUGCGUGUGCAUUGGGAGGUCGCUGUGUCCCACACUUGACCAACCUGCCUCUCCAUUGCCGGGGUUGAGUGAAGAUGGGAAUUGUUGCGCGCUCCGUGAGGUCGGGAAUGGUUUCACAUGCGAGCGACGGAGCAUUACGGACCUGUGCCCCCAGGGAUGUAAUAAUUCCCCCCCCCCGCCCACGAUUUGAUUAGCUAUGCACGCAUUCAGUCCUAUGUGUGUAUUGUGAGCAUACAAACCCACGUUUAUGUAUGUCUCCUUGUACCACCAACUGCUUAUUGGAGAUGGGAUAUCCAUUCCAGUAUCGAUUUACUAUCGGUUCGAUUUUGCGACUAAUCGGAUAACAGGGAAAUAGUUUUGAAAAAAAAAGUCUUGACUUCUGUUCCCACGUGUGCCGCUGGACGGGAGGUGUUUGUCGCGGCAAUGGUGACGUCACAGCAGGGGCGUGCCUCGUGGUGGGCGGGAGGAGGAGGGGGGGUUUCCCACCUUCGCGGGACAAUUUAUCAGAGCAGCUGCUGUGAUACAUUGUCUCGUUCAAGGGGCCCGAGUAAUGGCGAAUAAAAGUAGUCCGUUACUCUCCAUCGUCGCUGAAUGGGCUCGACGAACUCGUGGGCCCGGCCCUCCUGCUUGCCGGCACCGCCUGUCGCAGGGCUGGGCGGUGACAAGCCUCUUUGCUGCGCCAAGUGAGCCGCGUUGCCACAAAAACUCAUGGCUACAGAAAAGUUUAAUGUUCCAAAAAAAACCCCAUCAACCAUCGUGAUUGUCCCGGGAGUUGGGUUACAUCCGUAAUGUAGCGGCCCGGUCGUGUGCGUGCGUGCGUUUGUGUUUUUUUUCUUUCGAGUCGCUGUCACUGUGGUGCAUGCGGAGUGCCUGGUUAAUCGUGUCCGUUCGUCUGUAGUACCCGUCGGGGUCUGUGCUCUGUAUAGAAGGGAUCGUGCCUAGGGUGCGCCGCUGUUGCUGCUGCGAAUAAUCGGCGGAAGCCACGAAACGUUUCUAAAGCGAGGCGUCCGUUGUGCGUACGAGGCAAGCAAGCGAUACGCUGCGGCAAUGCCGUGGCGUUCCGCGAAUGGUGCAGGAAGGUACGGAGAGUGAUAGGCGCUAGGGGUGGGUGGCACGUGUGGUCAUAGGGAGCCGCCGGGGUUGGUGGGGGGAGGGCACUCAAGUUUAUCGGGGCUAAUCCUCUACUUUGUGGCUUCAUAAUCCGUGGUUUUAACCGCGGCUAGGGAGCAGCGGGGGGUCGUGGACUCCUCUGAAUCAUACUGUCCGUGGCAAACGCAUGUGCCGAUCGGUAGAUCGGACGGUGGGCCGGGCGGCGGAACAGCCGGUGGACUAGGUGGUAAAUGAGAGGGCAGAUCAUAUGGUGGACUUGACUGGUAGACCAAUUUGUAGACGAGGUCGUAGAUUUAGGUGGUGGUCUUGGUGGUAGAGCAAGUGGUAGAUCAGGUGGUGGACGAGGUGGUAAAUCAUAUGGUGAACUACGUGGAUAAUCAGGUGGUAGAGCAAGUGGUCGAUCAGCUGGUGGAUAGGUGGUAGGUCAGGCGAUCGAAUAGGCAGGGGAACAGGAGGUUCCCCUGCCCUCGGUGUGAACCGGCUUUUUUUGCCGGACAAGGUAAACACUGCUGAGAAAGAGCGGACAUAACUUGAAGAGGUCACGAAUUGCAAAGAGAAUGAGUGAAGCAUGCUGGCUGGCCGGCCAAGCCAACCCCCAUAGACCUAACACGAACGCGAGGCAACCAAAUGCUAGCCCGAGUCUUCUUCAGCAAACGCAGCAGCCACAAGGAUUAGGGCCUCUCAACUGAGCCAGCCGGAGAAAUAUCCCAACCCUGUGGAACCAGCUAUUACUCGCUAACCUUAACCUACUUUUGUCUCAAUUGGCUCAAGCCUCCGGUAAACCACGUGACCUAGGUGAAAGUGCCAGCCCUAUCACUGACGCUACCCAUAACUCCACCACCGCCACAAAGUCUACCACUCAUGAAGAGAUGUGGUGCUUUCUGCUGUGGCUCCUGUGGUCGCGUCCAAUGCUGUACUGUCCACACAGCCAUGCCCCGCACGGUUCUGCACGUGUCAAGCUCUCGCUCCGUGAAACGUGCUCAGCUUGUUGUCAAUCUACGAGUGAGUGAUGCUCUCCCCCACACGGUCUUGAUCAUGGGAGUCUGACCAUACUUCACCACGCUGGUCAGUGCGGUAGGUGAGGGGGGGGGGGUUAACCCAGGACUUCUUCAGAUAUCGCUCAUCACCACUCGUAGUGCAAUCAGGCCUGCCUCCAGCUCCUCUCGAAUGUUAGAGGGCCGUCUAGACACGCCGCUAAGGAGAGCAGAUGUGGGUGAGCAGCCAAAGGCACAUUUGGUGGGUGCAGGGCCCAUCCCAGCACCUCCCUGUCGCCGGCUCCUGAGUACAAUGCGCUCACCGCUUUGCCACCGCAACGCCUUCACUGUGGUCGUGAGUCGAGACUGUGCGUGGUCUCCGCUGCGUGGCGAGUCCCGACAGGAGCAGCAAGCGGCAUCGGCUCACGGUCGUGAGCCACGUCUUGAAGGCGGCCGUGGUGUCUCGCUGCGUCAUCACCGCUGCUGUUGCCGAGACGCGUGGUGGAAUGUGCAGUAAGCAAGCGUAGUCGGUUUGUAAAGCCGAUCCCUUAACUAUAUAUUAUAUGAUUUGGUUUUAUAUUGCGUCAAAGAUACGUCUAGACGUGUAAUAUAUUGCAACCUGUAAAUGCGCAACUUUGUCGAACCACUGGGGGCUUCGCCGUGAGACCUGGCAUGGGAGUUCAACUCAUCUCCCAUGGUAUUGCAGGCUCCGCAAGCAGCGCGCACUCUCAUACGCACCUUUGCUGCAGCCGACCUGCCUGCAGACGUUAGCACGUUAGAGGGAGAAAUUCGCUGCUGAAGAUUGAGUGCACUGAAUAGGAGAUGAAGUGGGACAUGGGAGUGGACAUAGGAGCUGCGUGAUAUGGGGGGAUGGAGGGUAUGCAAGGAGAUGCGGGGAGAUAUUGAAGCGAGGCGCUGUGAAAGUUGUAGGUGUGAAGACUGUAUUUGAGAGACGGUACAGGAGUUGGUGGAAGGCAGUGUGAUGAGGAGGCGGUGUGCUAUAGAAUAGUUCUGGCUGAAGGUAAGGAGUUGCGGGCGUCUGGGGCAUGGGGCAGGAAGGGGGUGGAGUGUUUAGGAUAUGCGGGGAGACCACCGCACGAGGAGUGGAUGUGUGGUGAGCACACAUCACCGCCGUCGCGUUUCGCCGGCUCCGACGUUUAAUUGUGAAAUUCAUUGACGAGUGUAAAAAUAACGCUUCCUCGUCCUCCCAGCCCCUGGAGGUUGACGUGUAUGAAAGAAGAGUCGCGUAGGAGUCUGCGCACGACUCGAGUCGUCCGUGUCUUCGUGGCUUAGGCAGGGAGGAGCGGGCUGUCCUCAGCUUUCACCUGCCGAGUUGUAACGCGCAUCGACAGGCCUUGCUCACGCUCUGCUGUAAGUUUCGCCUCCACGUGUGUCGGUUUCCACCUGCCUUGCGCUUUGGAGUGAAUGCGUCGAUUAAAACUGCCGACAUUU